AUGUUACUACCAAAAUACUUUGUGAUUUCUAUAUUAUUGAAUUUGAUAUUCGAAAAUUUGGCGAAAGCAGACGAGAUGCAUCCUGACCUUUAUGAGAGUGAUGCGGCUGGAUUCCUAAGCGUGAUAAUUAUUCAAAUGACCUGCAUAUUCCUCUCCGUAAUUGGAAUACUUUACGUGUUUAGUAGAAUCUAUCAUAGGUGGAUGUAUACUCGUAAAUCUUUGCCAAUGUCCCUUAGAAUUCCCUUUUAUUUGGGUAUAUUUGACGUUCUUAUUAUGGGUUUUGAGAUUCCUGUCGCUAUAUAUGUUGCAACAUAUCGCACCACUUUACCUGAAAUUACUUGUAGAGGCAUAGUCUUUGCAGCAGGAGCUUUUACAAUUUUUCACAGAACAUUUGUUGCUUCUGUUUCAGUUGUUACUUAUCUUAGAGUAUGUUGGAACAAACAUGUAGAUACUGGUAGAUAUGAUUGGAAAUUACUUUUACCUAUUUCUAUCCCUUCUAUUGUUAUGUUUGCUCUUGGUUGGGACGCUUUGGUGCUCUUUAUAUGUUUAUUCUGUUAUCUCAAAAUCAUUUUUACCAUACAUGUUGUUAAAAAACAACAAUCAACAAUUAGUAAUUAUACGGUUAAUAAAAAGAUUACUACUUUAAAUGAGAUCGAAAUUAAAGUCAUUAAAAAGAUUUUGGGUUAUGUACUUGUGUUUAUAUUACAAUGGUUUCCAACAGUACCAUAUGAAUUAUGGCAACUUCAUGGUGAACCUCCUACUUGGAGUUAUUGCAUGGUUGCUGUGGGACUUAAUAUGGGUGGCAUUGGAAAUGCAAUAUUUUAUGUAAUAAAUGAAGGUUGGAAUUGUAAUGCUAUUAAAAAUGAGAUUUCUUCUGGCAAAAGCACUGAUGAUAUUGAAUCUAAUUCGGAUGAUGAAAGUGGUCAUAUUAGAAUUUCCCCUUCGGUAUUAAUUGAUAAUCAAGAUAUUAAAAAUAGUAAAAAUAGUAAAAUUCAGAAUUAUUCUAAUAAUAAUUCCUCUAAUAUUGAUAAGUGA